UUUCGCUUUAAGAGACAGGUUAAACAGGUUGUAUUAAGGAAACACAACAAACUGAUCAUAGACUUUGGGACAAAGGGCCUUCAUUUUUAGCAGUUUUUUAACCAAGAAAAUAAGGAUGUUUUUGUGUGUGACUUUCCUGAUUCUCUUUAUGGAAUCUCAAUCAGAGGAUCUAAAGGUGUUUGGUCCAGAUGUUCCUCCUGUCGCUGACGCUGGUAAAGACCUGGUUCUGCCCUGUUUUAUUAAACCCAGUACCAGUGCUGUGGACAUGACAGUGGAAUGGAGGAAAUUAGAUAAAAAGAACUCAUUAGUGCAUCUCUGUAAUAAUCAUGAAGACAGAAAUGAAGAUCAGACUCAGUCCUACAGAGGAAGAACAUCACUGUUCAAAGAGGAGCUACAGAAAGGCAACGCUUCACUCAAACGCUCAGCUCUCAGAGUCUCUGAUGAAGGAGAAUAUCAGUGUCUCAUUGAAGAUGAAUCCUGGGUGGCUGACACUGCUUUUAAUGUUGGGGUUGAGGCUCAUGGAAGUCACCCAGUGAUCACGAUGGAGAGUUAUGAUAACUCGGGAGGGAUUAAUCUAGUGUGUGAGUCCAGAGGCUGGAACCCUGAACCUCUGGUUCUGUGGCUGGACAGAGAAGGAGUCCGUCUGCCUGCUGAAGAGACACAGAUACACAGAGAGACUGAGGGCUUCAGUGUGAAACGCCGCAUCACUGUUCAUGAUUAUAGUGACUCCAACAAAUUUUACUGCAGAUUUCUACAAGAACGUCACAUGAUGGAAGCAGAGGUUAUCAUUAAUAUCUUUUAUGCUUGGAAGUGGGCUGUCGGCAUGUCAGUUCCAGCAUGUAUAACCGCUGUGGGAUUGAUAAUAACUGCAGCUGUUUUUUACAAGAAAGUCCUGCCAAAACCUGCUUUUGAAAAAGAGUUUAUAGUGAUGGAGAAGAUUGUAGGGCCACAGAGACGAAGGAUAAAAAAAAAGUUAGCAGAGAUGAAGAAGUCUGCAGUGGAUGUGACUCUGGAUCCUGAUACAGCUCAUCCUGAUCUCAUCCUGUCUGCUGAUGGAAAAGAAGUGAAGGAAGGAGUCACACGACAGAAUCUCCCUGAUACACCACAGAGGUUUACUAAUUAUCCCUGUGUUUUGGGAAAGCAGAGUUUCUCCUCAGGGAGAUUUUAUUAUGAGGUUCAGGUCAGCGGGAAAACAUGGUGGACUUUAGGAGUCGUGAGAGAGAACAUUAACAGGAAGGAGAAGAUUACAUGGGGACCUCAGAAUGGAUUCUGGACUGUGGAACUGUGGAAUGGGAAUAGUUAUGAUGCUCGUGCUGGUCCUGAUGUCCCCCUCACACUGAGAGAGAAGGUGGAGAAGGUGGGGGUGUUUGUGGAUUAUGAGGAGGGUCUGGUCUCCUUUUAUGAUGUGAACUCCAGAUCUCAUAUCUACUCUUUCACUGGUCAGACUUUCACUGAGAAACUCUAUCCAUUCUUCCGUCCUUGGUAUGAAGAUAAACCACUGAUCAUCUCUCCUGUGUGUAACACUGAGUGAAUUUUCACCUCACAGAUUUAAUCAUCUGGUAAAAGUCAGAAUAAACAAGAACUUUUUCUGCUUCAUUUCAGAAAUAUAUGUUACUUUACUACAGUUUGUACACACGAUUUACACUUUAUUAAAGUUCAUACCUGUUUAUUUUAUUUGUUUGUCUUGCAUAAAGAAAUUAACUUAAUCCCCUUAUAAAGGUGAAUGUAAUAACCGGAGAUAUUAACUGGUACCACGCGCUCGAUGCUCGAUUAGCUUUGUCUACCCCUGAGUAACCCGCAUGUUACACCGGAAUGUGUUUCGUGUGGAAUUUUGCAGCCUGAAUUUGAGUUCUUUGUUAAACUGUUCUGUGUGUGUGUGUGUGUGUGUGUGUGUGUUAUUUCAUGAGUAUGUAAUGCAGGUAUAGAGCUGUUAAUAAAGUGUGUUUGUAGUAGUGAUGUUUAUUUUCUCUGUAAUUUGAUCUCAGUUCUUAGUGAAUGUUCUUAUCUGCAUGACUGGAUUUGUAAAUGUAUUUAUAAUAUUUUUACAUAAUCCCAUAGAUUUUAUUGAUAUGACCCAUAGAUGUGAUAACCUGGUGAUUCAGUACAUUCGGCUGGUCAGCUGACUUCAUUUUAUUUCCACAUAACGUUACUGAGUCUCGACCUGAGCGACUGAAGCAACCCCACAUCAUAACACUGUCUCCAGAAGCUUGUACAGUCGACACUAUGCAUGAUGGGAGCAUCGCUUCAUGCGCUUCCCUUCUUACCCUGACAGGGUUAAUCUGGACUCAUCAGGUCACAUGACCUUUUUCCAUCACUCCAAAGUCCAAUCUUUAUGGCCCCGAGAAAACUGAAGUCUUUUAUUUUGAGUCUCACUAGCAAGAGUUUUUAUUUUGGACACACAGCUGUUUAGUCCCAAUCCUGUGAGUUCUCAUCACAUUGUGUGUGUGUGUGUGUGUGUGUGUGUGUGUGAAUGUUCUUACUUUUACUAUUGAACAUAGCUCUGGUUUCUACUGGACAUUUUUCUUUACCAUGCAGCUUCACUAAGUGUUUAGGUGAUCUCCCAUCACUCUCAUUCAGGAUGUUUCUUCUGUAAAGUUGAGGGUUUAGCUCUAUCCUUCCAUGUGUUGGACAGGUCAUAAACCCAAUUCCCAAGUUAUUUCAUCUUCAGUGUCCUUAGCUGUUUUUCUUUGCCUUACACAGGGCAAUAAUUGAAUAGUGAAUGUACUUAAUUCUGAUCUACAGUCUUGUUCCUGAUUAUUUUUCUGUUAUGUGAAUAAAACUGUGUCUCUGGAGCAGCUGGUUUAUUGUGACACUAAGUGUUGAUGUUGGUUUAAAUGAGUCGCUCUUCUUCACUGCUACUGGGAUGAAAUUUCUUAAAACAAUCAGUAUUUAAUAUGAAGUUCUUCAUUCUUCGAAACCUCCUGGAUUCGGCUGGGCAAAGAUUCACAAAGACGUCUGCAGUCCUCUGGUGUCACUCACUUAAUCCCUGCCUGUUUGAUCGCUUUUAAAUACACCUACAGAGGGAGGAGAAGCAGUGACUCUCAGAGCUCAGAGAUGCUGUUACACUCACUGUAUCAGACCCAGCAGAGACAGUAGUGAGUGUGUCUCCACUGAGCUGGCUGACUGAAG